AUGAACACCAAACACAGCAACACCACUCAAGCUUGUGCUGCAUGCAAAUACCAACGUAGAAAAUGUGCACCUGAUUGCAUCUUAGCGCCUUAUUUCCCUCAUGAUCGUCAUAGACAAUUCAUCAAUGCUCACAAAUUGUUUGGUGUUAGCAACAUCAACAAAAUCAUUAAAUAUCUCGAUCCUCCUCACAAGGAUCAAGCCAUGAGAACCAUUAUUUUUCAAUCUGAUAUGCGAGCCAAUGACCCUGUUGGCGGGUGUUACAGAUAUAUUCAAAAUCUUCAAGCUCAGAUUGAAUAUCAUAAAAAUGAACUCGAUCUUGUUCAUCAACAACUCGCGAUUCUUCGAGCUCAACAAUCUCAACAACAACAACAACAAGAUAAUUAUGGUGAUCAAGUUAUUAUGAAUCAAGAUUCUUUGUUAGGGUUCUAUAAUCCAUCAUCGGGAUCUCUUGCGCCGGCUCAUUAUCAUUACAAUAUUCAACCGCAACAAGAUUUGCCAGAAAUAAAAGAACCGGAACAAGACCAAUACAUUAUGAUGCAUGAUAGUAAUAGUAGUAGUAUUAAUAGUACUUCUCCUCCUUUACAACAAAAUGUUAAUAAUUGGGGGGCUAUGCAAAAUUCUAUUUCUUUAUCAUCUUUGUCAUUGCAUGGACAAAGUAGUAAUGCUAGUGAUGAUUAUGAUCAUAAGCCAAUUCUUGACAUUCCUUGUGAUGAAAGAAACGAACUAGGGUUUGAUUCCGUAGAAAUACUUCAGCACAGUGAUGAAGCGGUUUUGUUUAAUAUAGGCAAUGGAGUGAUUAAAGAAGAAGGUGAUUACAUUCAACAAGUUCAAGUUGGAGGUGAAGGUGAAGCACAAGAUCAUGAUCUGAAAGGUGCUGCAACAUUGUUUACUCUGACAAAUUGUAAUAGUUAUGAUCAGAGUGUUAAUUAG